AUUUCCUCUCAGAGACAAAUUAUAGUAAACACGUGCCUAUCUUUGGUACAACAGUAGUUUCUGUCUGAGCAUUCCUGCACAGUGUUGAAAUGUUUUUGGUAGAUCUUCAAGCAUUUCCCAUCUGAGGCUUUUUUCCUCCAUAGUAAUCCUGCAGAAAGAUAAACCUGAAAACUUGUUGGUAACACAUUCAAACAAGUCACAUCUAGGUAUAUAACAGCGAGAGAAUGAAGAAAAAAUUUUGGGUGGUCUAACAAGCAUUGAAAAGAAACAAAUUCUUUUUCUAACACAGUAGGCCCACAAAAGCUAAACUGACUGAAGAACACUGGGUUUUCUUACCAAGGCAGAGCAAGAUGUUACCACCUGUCUAGAGGAUAUUCAUAAUAAUCCCUUAAAAAGUACUGGAAAACAACUUUUUUUUUUUUUUUAAUUAAAAAUACAGUCACACUGUUAAAUUAUCACAUUGGCCAUAUUCACUGUUUUUCAAGUAUUACUGUUGGAGGGUAAUUUUCUCACAAAUGGGAUGGGACCACCGGCUGAAGCUUUUAUUUCAGGCACCAGUCUCAGCUACAGACACAGGAGAUGGCACAAGCUCACGUCUACCACAAGCAGCUCCAAAAUCUCUUUGUUACAGAACAUUUUAUAAGUUUUUCACGCAAUAGCAUAUUGCUAAAACUUACAGACAGUUGUUCUAGCCAAACAUUAAAAGCACAUGUACACCUCCAAACAAUGCUUGUUUGCUUUCUAUUAACAGUUUGUUAUAUUCUAUUACUAAGCUUAAAACCUUCUACUAUUUUGUAAGCUUGUUUUUCUGCAGUCUUAAGGUCCAGCUUAGCCAAGCCUAACAACUCAACUAUUGUUUCAUGUCCUUGCAUAUUGUACCUUCUUUACUUUUAGGCUUUGCAGCUGCAGCUAGCUCUAAGUUCUCUGCUUUUUCUCUCAUGAGGCCUAUUUUCACAGCUUCUGAAAGUCCUCUUACCUUUACUGUUUCCCACAUAUUAUGUUCAAAUGACAUUUUUCAGAGCAUAUACAAAGAAAUAUUCAGAAUGCCUAAGUACCUUCCCCUGCCUUGGCACAGAUUCUCUUCAGAAGCAGCCAGGACUGGGAGAUACUGGAAUUGCUCACCAGAGAGUAUUGCCAUGUCGCUGUCACAAAAAGUCAAUCUCAGACAACUUCCUGUGCCCAAACCUCACCUUAAGAGCUUACCAUGUGUUUUAUAUAAACCAAAAAUACUUUAUUACUGGAUUAUUAUUUUAUUACCAAAAAUAUUUGUUUACUGGAAUUGUUUUGAAACACAAAAUGGAAUAAAAUUCCUAAGUGCCUAAACAUCUUAGGCAUUAAUUUGAAUAGUUUUGCAUGGCACAUAUCUCAGUUCUUUAGAGUACAGCUGAAAGAAACCAUAUAAUAAUUUUCUUAGAGAAGGGGAAUGGAACCAGGUUUUUUCCUCAUUUAUUCCUAUCAAUGGAAUAUUGAGCACAAGAACGUAGUGUAUAAAAUAUAUUGAUCUUGGACAUGAAAAUGUUGGAAAGACAGGCAUACAUUAAAGGUGGCUGUGGGUUAAACUUGAUGAACUACAUCUGCAAGCCUUCCCCCCUCAGCAUUUUCUCUAGUCUGGGUAAGAGGGGGAGGUGCAUACAGUGUUCCAGGAAUGACCAGAGGAUAUCAGGAAGCACAGUAGUGCUAAGACAAUUUAAAAAAAAAAUAAAUUGGAUUCCAGCUUUUGAGGUCACUUUAUCUGGCAGUAGUGCAGUAGGAUUCCUGAGGGUGCUAUCCUACUGUAAAACCAACUUAGAGCCGCCCAUUUGCUAUUGAAGAGCAGCUCAAGCAGGACAUAGCCCUUGUUGCUGAGAUGCACCCAAAAGGGUGGGUUUAGCUUUGUUAGUGAAGCUUGUUUUCCACUGCGUUAUCUGCUUGCUUGAACAUCAUUUCCCCGUAGUUAUCGAUUUCCUGCUUGUGCAUGAAAUUCAUGUGUCAAUUCACUUCCUGACUCCCUAAGCUUAUUUUCCUUUUCUUAAAACCAAAAGCCAGUGAAAAUCGAACUGUUCUGCAGCUGCUGAAUUAUUCUCUACAUCAUGUCUUUACCAAUGCUGAGGGGCUGCAUCGUGCAGCUGCUUAUAGGAACUGCACUUGAGAUCAUCCCACUGAGUGGAUGGCGAGGGACGCUGUGUAAGUCCCUGGGUAUUAACACCGUGGGAAGAGGGAAGAUCUUUCAAUUCCAGUCUUUCUUAAAAAGAUGUAGUAUAUAAAAUGUUCCAGUUACAUAAAGGGAGGACAACAGGGGCUGCAGCAGAAGAGGAGCUGUGUGAGUCAGAAAAGGAAAAGAAAGACGUGCUGUGGUGGCUAAGGAUCGACCCCCAGCCCCUCUCGUGGCAGGUCUAGUGCCUGCUGGAGCCUCUGUCUCAUCUGAGAUGCCACCUCAGCAGCCCAAGCCCGCCCAGCUCCAGCAUCCGCCACCACCACGUCCUGCUCCGCUACCCCUCAGAGGAAAGGGGCUGGAGAGCUGCGGACCCGCUCUGGGCCACGUCCCUCCUCGCUACCUGCAUCGGGGCUCGGCUGGGCUCGGCUGGGCUCGCCUUGCUUCGGCUCAGUUCGGCUCCAUUCGGCUGGGCUAGCCUUGUUUCGGCUCCAUUCGGCCCGGUUUGAUUCCAUUCGGCUCCCUUUGGCUCCAUUGGGCUGGGCUCGCCUUGCUUCGGCUCAGUUCGGCUCGGUUCGGCUCCAUUGGGCUGGGCUCGCCUUGCUUCGGCUCCGUUCGGCUCGUCUGGCGUUCGGGGAGAGAGAUGUCGUUGAAACCAUUCACCUAUCCAUUGCCUGAAACAAGGUUUCUUCAUGCUGGCAGGCAUGUGUACAAGUUUAAAAUCCGGUAUGGCAACUUCAACAGUUCUCCCAAUCUCAGUCUCACUGAAAGUGCUGCCAAGGAGUCAGAGGAAGUUUUUCGAGUAAUCCUUGGAAAUCUUGAUGAUUUACAUCCAUUUUCUACAGACCACUUCACUGUCUUUCCAUAUUUGAGUAAAUGGGAGCGAGUAUCAAAGAUGAAAUUCAAACAUGAGAAUGUCCAUCUUGUGCCUUAUCCCUACAUUUGUAAGUUGUACCUAGAAUUGAACUCAUUUCAGCGAAGUAUAUCUUGUGGUAAAGAAGUAAAAAAGGGCAGUGAUAAGCUUGUCAGGAGAAGAAACGAAGUGUCAGAAAGUACUGCAACGAAAGAAGCAGUGAAGAGGAGAAGAGUGGAAGUCAGAGAUGAUAUCUCAUGCCCACAAUCAUGUAUGGACAGGUCAGUUGACUCCAAAAGAGUCUCCCAGGACACAUAUUAAUAUUUUUAAUGUCUCUUGUACCUUCUUCAUGUUUCAUUUCUGUGCAAUCCUUUGCCCCAUUUUUCUUCUUCCUUUUCUUCCUUGGGUAACACAAUCUAAGCAUCGUUGCUUAUAUUGGGAAGAAAGUGGUCCUGUACUUUCCAAGUUCCCAUACCAUUCACCAAAGCUCUGCCUGUUUAAUUCCUCUGUGUUCACAUCACCUUUUGAGUCACAGUGAGGUGAUAGCUCAGCAGCCAGACAGAACAGUGCACUGACUUGCACACCUGAGUUUAGGACAGCAAGGGAAGAACUGGAACCAGUUUUCCACCUGCCUCCCAGCCUGCUCCAUUGAGCCAGCUGAUGAAUUCUGCCCUCUUGGCUCAAGGCUGAUGGCAAAACACCUUGGAACUUGCUCUUUUCCAACUGCUUUAAAGUCUCGAGAAAUUGCAUAUGUUGUGUGUACACAGGAGUAUUCUCCCACAACUUCACCAUGUGUUUCUUCUGUAGCUAUACUUCUCAUGGUGAUUCCCAAGUAGAUCUCUAGCUUUGGAUUUUACAGAAUGGUUGAGGUUGGACAGGUCCUUUGAUACCAUCGAGUUCAAGCCCUCCUGCUCAAGCAGGGUCACCCAAAGCAAUUUCCCUCAGGUCUUGAGUAGACUCUGAGGGUGGAACCACCACAACUGUGAGAGAGAGCCACUUGCAGUGUAUGACCACAGUUCUAGUCAAAAAGGUUUUUCUUGUGUUCAAAUUUAAUUCCAUGUUUUGCAGUCUGUGCCUUUUUCCUCUUGUCUGCCAGAAGACAAGAGGGUUGAAGAGAGCCUGGCUCUCUGUUCUUCAUUCCCUCCUAUCAGGUGUACAUUGGUAAGAUCCCACCUAAGCCUUCUCCAGGCUAAACAGCCUCAUCUCUCAAAGCCUCAGUUUACCCCGGUGAGUCCCAGUCAUGUACUGGGGUUUCUGCUCCAGACUGGGACAGAGGUGCCUCAGCAGCCUUGAGCAGAGGGCAGAGAUCACUGCUUGAGGACAGUGAUUUGGCAGAGCUCUGCCUAAUUCAGCUCAGGGUGUUGUUGGACACCUUCAGUGUGGGGGUACAGAACUGGCUCUUGGCUAACCUUGGGCUUAGUUCUUGACUACCUCUCAGAGACCCAGUGUUAUUUUCAGGCUGGCAGGCUUCUUUUAUUUUUUUUAAAAGAAGAAAAUGUAUACCUGUAUUGG